AUGGUGCUGAAACUGACACCUACAGAAAUCAAGCAUCUGAUGCCACCGAAUAGUGGGAGGGCAACCCACAUCAUCCUGUUUGUAUCCUGCAAGAAGAACACCACGCUCACCGGUGAGAGACAUAAGGAGGAUUCUGACAUGUCUCUGGCUCGAAGAACUUUAAUUUUUCUUUUUUUAGCUCAUUGUACAGAUAUGUCACAGUGCAUGCUACCUCUAGGCUUUCCUCAAAUGCCUCAAGACUUUAAGGAAAUAGCCAAGAAGAUGAUGAUGACAUGCAUCAAGAAAGGUUAUUCUCCACCCAACAUAAAGGGCUCCAUGUUAUACAGCUCUUUGUCCAAUCCAAAUGAGAUGACUAUGGGAAACCCUAUGGUUGUUUUUGCUUCCCUUCUUUCUUCACUCCCUCCCUCCAUUUUGAAGGCCAAUGAAACAGAACAGACCUUGAACAUCACAGAGAAAAUGUGCAACAGUUCGAAUCUGCCACAGAUGAUUGACCACAUGUGGAACACUACGGAGAAGGCUAACUGUUUCAUGCGGGCGGUCUUGGCUCCUCUCUCCUGGUUGGUCAUCAUUCAGAAUGCUACACAGUUUGAUACAGAGCAGUUCCAAAAGCUGUUGUGGGCAGCGAAACCGUUCCUAGAGAUGUCACCUUCUUCUCUAACAAUGCCACCAGCUAUGCAGGGCUCUCAGCUGGCUGAAAUAAUGCAGACAUUCAAUGAGGUCUUCGUGUCCCUUUCAGAAGAGCAAAGGAACAAUAUCAGUCGAUGGAUGAAAGAGAGAGUCAUGGAAGCUGACCCAAGUUGUGGUCCAAAUCGUAGCCUUUCCAAUAGUGUUUCCAGUCCACAAAUGCCAGCUCAUCCUUCCAUGAUUAAUUCAAGUUCUGGCUGUCAACCGAAAAUGCCAUGGUUGAAGGCUGAUGUGCUGAGGAUGAUGGGACGUUUCAUUUCACGACUGCCUGAAGCAGAAGUUAGGGGCAUACCUCCAGAAGAGCUGUGUAAGUUCUUCCAGUCUGCCGAGUUCUCGUUUUCAUUCAAUAACAUCAGUGGGAUGCAGAAUGCAAUUGCACAGACACUAAUGCAACGCCUCAAGCUAGAAUGUUUCAAUGCCAAACAAAACUUUCCCAACCAAAUGGACAGGUUAGGAUAUCUUAUCUGUUUCUAUGAUGAGUCCCAGUUGCUGAAUGCUACACACAUUAAAAUGCUGCUCCCUCAUCUGGAGGGCUGUGAAUCCAGUAAUAUUAAUGAGAUGAGAAAGCAGUUGGUGAAGAAGUUGAUGUCAGAUGGCGAGCCUCCCACAUGGGAUAUGGUGCAUUCUCUGGGUUCCGCAAUGUCUGUUCUGUCUCCUUCCAUACUAUCUAGUUUCAACAAAGACAAUCUUGAUAGCUCUAUAUUCACCCUGAGUCAAACAGAAUGGAAACCAGCUCAGGCCAAAAUCCUGGCCCAGAAAUUGUUGGAGAAGGUUAAGGAGAUCAGUGGUGAGAAACUGUUGUCCCUGGGCUCAAUGGUGAGAGGUGUAGACAGUGAGCUGCUCAAAAAUGUCAAGGCAUCUGGACUGCUGGGAAGUGAGGGCCUGAAAAAUAUAAGUGAGAAGUUGUCUUCUUUACAGAAAAAGGCUCUGCUUGUGGGGAUGCGUGCUGACGUGAACGCAAGUUAUUUGGUGAAGGAAGUUCCAGAUGCUUUUCUUGCCUCGUUGUCUCUCUCCAUUCUUGACAAAGCAAACCUCAAUACUUUGGAUCAGCUAGAGGGCCGCAGAUGGUCCAGAACACAGUCUGUUUACCUUUUGAAGAAGAUUGUAGGUAAUGGGCUUAAACUUGAACAGAUCAGAAAGCUGGGCCAGGCUGUUCAGGGUGUGACCUGCAACAUGAUUGAUGGCGUUGCUCAGACUGAAACCUUGGAAGCAAUUCAAACACUCGCCAAGUCUAAUUUGCUCUCUCGGACACAGGUGCACUGCAUGGCUAGCAAACUGUUCCAGAGUCUGGACAAGCAGAGACCUGGAUAUUUAAAAAAUAUCAGCAAAUCGGAGCUCCAGGCCAUUCCAGUUCUGCUACUUAUCCAUCUACCGGUACAGGUGAUUCAGGAUCUCUCAACCUCCUUAUGUCCUUAUUUUCUGGAGAAGCUAAGUCAAGCCAACCUCUCAUCUCUUCCCAACAAUGCACCAUCACGUCGGGAACUUAGAAACAAAGCCCUCAGCUGCCUGGGAAAGAAUGCAUCUGCAGUGUCUGUGGCAGAUAUCUCAUCUCUGGGUGAACUUGUGUGCGAUCUGCACCCAACCUGGAUCUCCUCUCUAAAACCUGAUACCUUGAACUUUACUGUGCAGGCCCUGGCAUCCUGCAAAUACAUUCCCCGGCCUUACAGAGGACCCCUGUUCACUCUGCUCACCAAUCUCUAUGGGGCCCCUUCAAAUUGGACAGAGGAUGUCAUGAAGUCACUGGGUCCCCUCCUCUUACUGAACGAUGCAGCCGUUGAGGAAUUGUCUUUUAAGAGCUGGCUGAAGAAAUCUUUGUCAGAUCUGCUACAAAGCAUGGAGGCUCAGGGUGCAGCUGUGGCUCCAGAGGAAUUCCGCGCCUGGCCUGAUUUUUUAGCCCUUCAGCGCAAACUUUUCCAGCUGAAAACGAAAAUCACCCAGCAGAGGCGCAAGAGAGAGACACUAGUACCCACUCUGGCAAUGAUUGAGGAUCUGAGGGAGGGAAACGUGCUCUGGAGUCCUGCUCAGUUGUCCAGCAUGUCGGCCCAAACCUUUAGAGAUGCCGUGUCUCUCCUGGGAGAGAUACAUAACUAUUCUACAGAUCAACUGACCGUGCUGAGAGAUAAAUCUGUAGAGGUAUUGGGUGAUGUAUCGAUGCUUAACGAAUCUAAAAUCCUGGAGAUUGGCUGCAUCUCUCAGAGUUUCAGCACCAAACAACUCCAAAACCUGAGCAUCGCUUCCCUAGAUACUCUGGAGCUCCUGUCUGUCUGCCAGUGGAAUCAAACACAGAAGGAAGCCGUCUUACGGGGUUUCAUAACGAGAACUGGAAUGAAGCCGGCUAAACUUAGUGCCCUUGACAUGGCAGGCCUGGGCCAGUUUAUCUGCGGACUGCAGCCGAAUGAAACCGAGCAGCUCAAUUCUACAGAAUUCAAGGAUGCUGUGGGGGAUAUAGGCAAUGCUUCCUGUCCUCUAAAUGUCUUGGAGUGUUUGAAGAAAAAAGCCGUUGCUGCUUUCGGUGACCCAAAAGGCUGGGGUGAAGCUGAAGUGAGCGCCAUGGGCAACAUAAUAGCCGGCCUGAAUGCCACUGAGCUAGGACUUCUAAACUCCUCAGUAAUGCCAUUCAUCCGUCAGUCUGUCAUCGCUUUCAUUCCUCCGGACCGCCUGGCGGCGAUGUCAGUGAGCCAGUUAAGGGCUUUGGGUCCUGACAACGCAGCAGCGAUAACAACGUCUCAGCGUGCCGCAUUGGGAGUAGAGCAGAGGGCAGCUGUAGAUGAAGCAGUGGGACUGGUGGCACAAAAUUCUGAACCCACAACUACACUGCCCCAGAAAGGAGGGGCAGUGAAACAAAGCAUGCUGGGAAUGGCUGUGCUUCUGCAACCCCUCAUGUUGCUGAUUUUGGGAUACAUUCGCUAAGAAGCACAAAACAGAAUUUAAAAAAGCUAGCUGGGAACGUUUAUACCGCACACUCCUGGCAAACGCAUUGCCUGCCGUUGUUAGCUUAGCUGACAUGUAAAGAAAAUGGCUCAAAGUUUAGUAGCUGCCAGAGUCACUACAGGAACAAUGAAUCCACCUGGGAGAAAAAUCAAAUACAACAUUCUCUGUAAUGCCUUUACAGUUCAUUUGUGAAAGCAUUUAAUGCUCAGUCUGGAGGAGCUCAGUAUAGUGAUCAGAUUUCAGUAAGAAAAAAUACCACACUUUUUUUGUUAUUAUAAAAUGUAGAGUCUGGAUUAGAGGUAUACAGCGGCUGUCAAAAGUUCUUUCAUGGUUAAGUGAUGCGUGCAUGUGCCUUUUGUUUAUAUGCAACAAACUAGGCCAUUUAAAGCUAUUACGAUUUACUUUAACCGAACAAAUAUGUAAAUGUACAAACGUUAUAGUUUAUUUUCAGUGGAAAAAUCCUUCCCUUAGAAUAAAUAAUAGGUUUUCACACUCUUGGCAUCCGGACAGUUCAUUUCUUCAGACAUUCAGCUAAAAUACUUUGCUGUGACUCUUGUAAAACUUCCCCAAGGUCGUUUUUUACUAGUUGGAGAUUUCUUUCUGACCUUGUGAUCCAGUUAAUCCCAGAGCAGUACAAUAGGAUUUGGGUGCGGUGACUGGGCAGGUCGUUCUAUAAUAGAUAACACUACGUAUGCUGUAUAUGUCCUGUUGUAUGGUGACGUUGUUUCCAAUGCACCGCAGUCAAGACGGAAUUGCAUGGUGUUGAAGUAUGGAAUGGCGGCCAUGUUGGUUCUUUUUAUCCAGAAUAAGUCUCCAACCUUCCCUGCUCCAAAACAAUCCCAAACUAUUAGGCUUCCAUGAUUAACUGUGGAUGUGAGAGUCUGCUAACAUCUUUUCUACUGUAUUCCAUCUUACCUAAGUUCUCUUAGUCAGAAAUGUCCAAUUUGGACUAAUUUGUCCACGGAACAUUCCUCCAGCCAUUUACCGUCCAAUUCUUAUGUUCUUUUUUUUUUUUUUUACUAGUUUGUUGCAUAUUAAAAAGGAACAUGCAUAUAGGUGUUUCCAAACUCUUGCUAGGCUCUGUACACUUAUUUUACUUACAGUCCUCAGUGCUUCAGUGCUUGAAAAACUUCGUGUUUCAAGUGCAGGAAAUAAAAAGAAAUCAAUUGCCAUUAGUCAUUAGAGCAGGGUUGAAUUUCCGGGGCUAUAAAUAUUCCUCAGGUCCAGUUUCCAAAAACACCUGAUCCGCUUUAGGAUACUUGCCGCUGCUACCUUUAUAUUCGUAUGAAUCUAUUUAUCUAGAUUGAAAUCUAUUUCUAUAUCUUUAAUAGUCCUCUAAAAACUACAAAUGCAAGAAUAGUAUAUUUUUGGUAACUAAUUUAUUCACGAAAUUUCACUGGACCAUGUAACGCUGUUCAGUAGGACACAUUCUCAUCUCUUGGAGAUUCAUUCACUGUGUAGCUUAAAAUAAAAUCGAAAUUCAACACGAGAUGAAUGUGACUGAUGAUUUUUAUUUACACAAAUCGUCAACACAUUGAGGAAUGAAUGUUUUACAUUUUUGCUCCAUCAAAGUCCUCAAACAGGAUGGUUUGGGAGUAUCAACUGUAAUAUGUAUGUGUAUAUAUAUAUAUAUAUAUUUUAUUUAUUUAAAUUUUUUUCUCAUCAACAUAUAAAGACUGUCUGAACAUGACUGAUGCUAGAUAAAUAAUGAACAAAGCAAAUGAGCUAAAGAAUAAGAAUUUUUUUUCCCCCUGCUAGAACUUCAGGAUGUUUCGGGGCUGUUCGAUGGUGUAGAAGAAACGUUAACACCAGGCCUGGUUUCCAAAUUUUUUUUCUAGAAAUACUUCUCACUUGUACUCAUUUCUGGCAAAGGGCUGAAAAUACCACGUGUUUCCAAAGAAGCUCAUUCGCCGUUAGAGACACCCACAAAACGACCGCCAUAAAAGGUCAAGCACUCAGAGCUAGAAAUGCAGAAAAUGCAGAAAUGGAAAUGAUUUUAAACCAUAUUUCAUCCUUAUAUAUAAAUAAUAAUACUACUAAUAAUAAUAAUGAUAAAACUGAUUAUACAGCAGCACUUUAAUUAUAUUUUCCCCUCAUAAAUGUCAAUCUUAUUAAACCUCUAUUAAAAUUCUUUGUGUAUACAGAGGAAAUUCUGUUGUUGAUACAGAAUGGUUAAUUAUCAUAUUCUUUAAUAUUAAUUCAUGCUAAUAAUAUAACCUAAUGCGUAAAUUCUUGCUCCCGGACCCCCAUGUACUGCCACGUGGAUAUGUUCUUGAUACAAGCACACUUCGAGUCGCACUAAACUUUGUACGUAUUUUAAAACCAGGUCUGCUGUAUGAACUUUCCUGUCCACAGCAUUUCAAGCAGCCCUAAGAGAAUCCUUUUCCAAACUUUCCUCACACGAUCAUUUACAAACAGCUUAGUUUACGGUGUUUACAUGACCACCUUAGAAAAGAAUCGUAUCCUUUCAUCAUCCUUUAACCCGAUCUCUCUUUCCCAUACGAACACACACACACACACACACACACACACACAACUGCAUUUUUAAAGCUGCUUGAUUCAGACAGCACUGGAUCCCAGAGUAUUUCUUGUAUGGCUUCAACAUAUAAAACGAGUAAAUGCACAUCAGUAUAUUAGAAUUAUCUGAAGACAAACCAAGGCAACCAUUUUUUUUUUUAAAAGCUCAGAAUAUAGUCUGCUAGAAUGAUUAUACUGUAUCUUUUAUAUAUAUAUAUAUAUAUAUAUAUAUAUAUAUAUAUAUAUAUAUAUAUAUAUAUAUAUAUAUAUAUAAUAUCAAAGCCGUUAGAUUGAAUUAAUGGCAACAACAAAAAAAAACAAAAUAAAGCUAUAAUAUAUAUAUAUAAUAUAAUUAGGAUUAUACCAGUUGUGACUCAAGUUAUACCGGGUUUUUUAAUAACAUUCAUAUGCACAAUGCUUAUAUAUAGGGAACAAGGCAUCUAUAGGUAAGGCUCAGGUGAGUGAGUGCACAUAGCGAUAGGGGCUAAACUAAAAGAGCUAGAAAAGUCGGAAACCUGUGCAGAAAAAAAGAAAAAAAAAAAAAAAAAACAAGCCUGAAUUUAGAACCUGUGAAACAUAUAUGUGAGGUAAGCCUCUAAUCUGCUAUACAGCCUGAAUAUAAUCCUCUCGAACAUCAAUUACAAAAACUACGCUGAACAAAUCAAAUUUCCUUCAAAAUACUGCUGAAAGCCUACAAACAGUGCCUGGAGAACUUUGCCAUUUUUGUAGUGUUACAACCUGAAAAUAAUAAGACCCCAUCAUAUAAAUUACACUGUGUAGACAAAAGUUCUGCGACACCAGACUUUUCCUACCAAAUUCGCUUCUUCUCCAAACCGUUACCACAAAGUUGGAGGCGCACAAUUUGUAUAGGACGCCUUUGGAUGCAGUAGGAUAACAUUUUUUCUGAACCCGGGUCUCCUAGAGUAUGUGCCUGUGCACAAAUCCAGCUCCAUGAACACAUGGUUUACAUGGGUUGGAGUGGAAGAUCUUGAGUGGCCUCAACCCUAUUGAACACUAUUGGGAUGAAUUGGAACACUGAAUGCUCCCCAGGCCU